CACUUUUCACAAUACUAUAUUAUAGAAAUUCAUUACUUUCCCUUAGUGAUAUUAGAGAAAAGAAGAAGGUAAAUUAGCAAUAAUAAAAUAAACAAAACGAGUGAUAUUUAUACCCAAAAAUGAAACGAAAUAACUCUCAAACACCCUGAGGGGGGAUUAUAAAUAUUGCACCAUUGUGCGAUUAUCAAGUAACCGAAAUAUUAUCAAUAACAAUAAUAAAUCAUGAAGAAUGCCCAUAUAACAUCACCAUCAUCAUCUUACGAAGCAGAUACAAAAGAUCCCAAAGACAGUGUAAUAAGAUUAAAAAUUGAUAAACCCUCAAAUUGGGAUUGGCAACUAACAACAUCUUCAAAUACAAUUCCAGUUAUUCAAUUAAUCGACAAGGAUGGUCGUUUACUCGUUGAAACUGCGGCAGGAAUUGCACAAAGAGCAAAAGGUUCAUUUCGCGAAGGUUUAAAAACACACGAAGAAUUUCCCGAUUCAAAAAUCAAAUUACUUGGAAAUAGAAAUUUUGAGGGUUACAGUACAAAAUUUGAAUCUCAUCAUUUUGGUAAACCAAGAAAAUCACGAAGUGACAUUGACGUGAGAAAUGGUGGUAAAAAAUCACGUAAAAGAAAUAGUUCCAUUGAAAUUAGCCGAUCAUCAGAAGGGAAUAAUAAGAAAUAUUCGCCUGGUGAUUAUUUACGUCAACAGAUUCUUGUUGAUCUUAGAACCAAUAGCACUGAGGGAAAGACUCCAAAUGAAAUUGCACAAGUCAGAUGUGAGAAAGUUCGUGUUUAUCUGAGAAAUAAAAGUGAUUCCUCAUUAAACGAAAUUCAUCAUUCUUCACGAGAAAGAAGUAGAAAUAAUUCCAAAAGAAGGGUAGACAGAUCUACGAGUAAUAGUAGAAGGAGAAGUUUACAAAAUGAAGGAUCUUUAUAUUUCGAUGGGGAGAUGGUAUCUGAAAAAUGUUCCAACAUUCGAAGAGAUGCUUCCAAUAGCAGAAGGAAUUUUUCCAACAGAAGGGACACUUCCAAUGGUAGAAAAGAUUCCUCAUCUAGAAGAAGUAAUACUCCCAAUGGAAUAGGAGAAAUCUCCAAUGAAAUUAUUGAUUUGCCAACCGACAAAACUACAGGAGACAAUAUUUCAUCAGAAUCGAUGGAGACCGAUAUUCCCAAAGUGCCAUUUCCCCAAACGACUGUAAACUCAUUCAAAACAGGAAAACAAUUAACAAAACACGAACUAGAAAAGAUUCGCGGCUUCCUGCAAGAUCGUAUUUCAGCAAAAAUGACAGAGGAAAAACUUUCUCGAUCCCGUUCACAGCCGAUAGGAAUGAACAAUUUUCCUGAUACAGAAAUCGAAUCAGAGAAAAGAUACUCCGAUUAUUCGCCCAACCGAAAGAACUAUCACAUCAGAAAAGUGGGUAGCGAUGCAAGUGUGGUGCGGUUUAAAGAGAGGCAACUUCAACCAAGUGGAAGCCGACAUAAUUUGGAAGAUUCCUCCAUUCUCAGGAGGAAACUUCGUUCAAGGACACGGACCGAUGCACUACUCGAAGCCGACGAACUGGAAAAUAUUUACAGAGAGAGGAAACCUGUCGUAAAGCAAAAGGUCUACACAAGAAAAACAAGAAGUGACACAUUGCUCGGUAAUCUCGAUUCAAAAUAUCAUCUUCAAGAUAAUCUUGAGAGAACAUGGAGGGAAUAUAAAGACAGAAAGAAAAUUGAUAGUAAAUUAGAUAAAUUAGAUACAUCAGAUAUGGAGGAAGAAGAUUUUAUGAAGAAACCCAGAUGGAAGGAUUUGAAAUUUGAAAAUUGUUCUCUAAGAAAUUGUCUGAUUUGUGAGAAUCUUAAAAAUUGUAUAAAUCCAUUGGCAAGUAAAAUUGAAGAAAACACCAAUCAUUCUAAAUUGAAACAAGAAAUUCUCAAACAAAAUGGACAAUUAAGUCCCGAUAUAAAUUCAAGACCCAAAACAGCUUUACAGGAAAAUUAUUUAGUUUUAGACAGAGUAACAUCACCUCAACACGAUUCAAUCAUCUCAGAAACUACAACUAACUCCCGCGAGGAAGAAAUUUCAAGUUCCAGUUGGAAUUCGCCUGAUUUUGGUUACAACUCAAUUCCAAAACAGUCGAGGGACUACAAGGAAAUUCUCAGCUCUAGUUCGGCUGUUAAGAAAAGUGACACGUUCAAAGUUGUUGACGGAAGUGAAAAUCCCACAAUAAUUGAUGAGGAAAAAUUGCCCAUGAAAAAUGGAAUUUCUCUAAAAUUCAACAAUGAAUUAUCAAAUGAUAUUGACAAGCAAAAUUUAAAUAGACAAACUAAUCAAGAAAUUGCUGAAGACUAUUUUCUAAGGGUUUAUGAACUUUUAAAGAAACGCAAGGAAGAAGUAAGACAAUUGGCUCAACUUUGCAACGAUUCAGAACGCGAACUAGAGGAAACGGAAAUCAUGAAACCCAGGAGACGGCGUAGGCAAAAAAUAGGCGACUCUCCACAAGGUGAAGAGAAGGAGCCGGCAAUUUUCACUGACAAGAGAAAAUUAUUCAAAAAUUCAUCGCAAGAUUUGGUGAAUUGUGACAAUAAUAAUUAUCACGGUGAAUUUCACAAAUCAAAGCAACAUAAUAAUUACAAUCAUCAAUUAGUAAACGAGGCGAAAAUUGGAAAUCGUAAACGUCGCCAAGCACCACAAACGCCAAUUUCCAAUAGUAAUAAUAAUAAUACUCAUGUCACCGAAAACAUCAAUGAGAAAUCAAUCAGCGAUUAUCCAAGUGAAAGGAGGGAAUCCCGACGACAUGACAUAAACGGAAAGGGAUUACCGGAAGAAGGUGAUCUUCAUCCACCAUUAGAAAUGGGCUCAAAUUUAAGUAGACACAGUGCGGGCAAAGGUCUCACUGGCAGGAGGACGCAAUCAUCUGGAAAUCUCUGUGAUGCAAAAGGGAAGCUGAAUAGCGUUGGAAAAAUCUUUGUACCCUGCUCCAGCACGUCUAGAGAAAGCAGGUACAAAUUUUGCGGUUCACUGCCUAACCACUUGGAUGAUAAGGAGGGACUCGAAAUCGAAUCUGGAGAGAACAAUAAUGUGAUUCACAGUGCUGUGGGUGGAAACCUCCCUGGGACGUUACCACAUCAAAAGAAGCUGGCGGGUUUGCAACUCUCCGACAGUGAUCCACCAUUUGGUACUUUUGACCUCGUUAAACAUCCAUCCCAAGAUUCCCUAGAAGGUGAUCCCUGGAGAUAUAGACUGAGCGAUGAAUUUGAACCGGGAAAAUGUCAAUUACACUCGCUUUUAGCAAGUAAAAAUUCGAAAGGCUCUGAUACCGUCGACAGUAGUAAGCAACCAACGACGACAAAAAAAAGAUUUUCCUUUAGUAAAUCAAAAGAGAAAAUUUUAAAUCGUAACGACAGUGAUAAUAAUACUAACAGAGGAAGUAGUUCGUUUAAAGAAACACGACGUGAUUCAUCAUCGAGCAAUAAGAAAACAGAAUUUGAAGACGGUGACAAUAAUUAUCGACGGAGAAGAUUUUCAUCGAAAAAUUCAACGCAUAACGAGUCAGGAAAUAUGGUACAUAAACCAAAUUGCCAAUUGGUGAAACAUCGACUUCAAUCAGCAUUAUCACUUGAUCUCACACUCAGCAAACUUUCCGGCAAUGAACCACAAGACCAAGGUUAUGCCUCUGAACGAUCACCCGAGGACGAACAACCACCUUCUCUACCUGGACAGGACGAUAUUUUUCCCAAUGUCACAUCUGAAAACACAUUUAGAGUGGUGUUGGAAAAAAAUAAUCGUGGACUUGGUCUAAGCGUUUCCGGAGGUGGAACCGCUGGCCCGGUCAGGGUGAAAAGACUCUUCCCGCAACAACCAGCUGCACUUUCUCAUAAACUUGAACAGGGAGAUAUUCUCUUAGCAGCCAACGGAAUUCCACUCACCGGUCUCACCAACUAUGAGGCCCUCGAAGUUCUACGGACUACUUCCAAUAAGGUCGAACUAGUGGUGUGUCGACUGCCCAGUGAAUCAACCGGAAAUAGUCCCGAUAUACCUCUACCACCACCGCCACCACCAGUUCGAAGAGAACCACCUCCACCCUUACGGAUAUUAAAUCCCUUACCACCACUUCAGAUCGAACCCUGUGGAGAAUUUGAUAUUGAGAUGACAAAAGUGGGCGGAAGUUUAGGUUUCACAUUAAGAAAAGCCGAUAGCAGUGCUCUAGGUCAUUAUAUUAGAGCUUUAGUGAGAGAACCAGCUUUAAGCGAUGGAAGAAUUCGACCUGGUGAUAAAAUUGUUGCCGUUGAUGAAGCACCGCUCUCUCCAAUGAGUCACGAGGAAGCUGUUGCUCUUCUUCGACAAUGUGGUCCAAUGGUAAAACUUCGUCUCUAUCGUGAUUUGGCACAGACUCCAGUUUCAGCCUUAUCACCAACGGAACCUGAUCACCCUCUACGUCCGCCACGAACUAGUUUAAGACAAGAGGCUGUAGACAUGCUUUGUGAUUUGGCAGUGAGAAAAUUAUCCCCAGGACCUAAUAAUAAUAAUAAUAAUAAUAAUAAUGGUUCGAACGAUUCUAAUCGAUCCACAUCGGGAUCUUGUACUUCGCCAAGAAAACUUCGAAGACCUGCUCCAAGAACACCGAGUACAGAGGCUGAUAAUGGCACUCUAAAGAGAAAAGUGUCGUCACAAAUUUCAAGUCAAAGUCAAGGAGAUACUUCUGAGUCGGAUCAAUGUUCGAUUAAAACGCAAAUUACAAAUUCACAAGCAAAUACACCGUCAACUGAUAUUAUCGAUCCACCAUCGCUUUAUGACGCCGAUUCUUAUGACUCAUUGAAAGCAUCACGACCAAGUUUUCUCGAUCUUACUGCACCGCAAGAUAAGCCAAAUUUUCAAUUCAGUAUCAAACCCGAGUCAAAGUCGAAUCAUCAUCAUCAUCAUCAUAAUUCGACAAAUCGCGGUGAUAAUUCAUUAAAUUUAGGACACAAUGACACAUUGUCGUGUGAUGAAUUAGAUGGAAAUUUACCAACAGAACCAGCAUCAAUGCCACCAGUAUCAACGAAUAAUGACGCGACAUUUAGUCACAAGAAUCCUGCUUAUCAAAGUGCUAAUCCCUCAUCAAACACCAAAGAUGUUACAAAGAGCAAAGUGUCUCACUCCAGUGAUCAGGAUAUUCCAGGUAAAAUCUUUGGUAACGAAGAUCCAGGUGGAAGUAAAGGAUUGCUUAAAUGGAAAGGUGUCAUGUUUGCUCCAGAUGAUGAGGAAAGUGAAAAUAAUCAGAAUGGUAGCGGUAAAGAAACAUUGCCCUCUACUUGUGAAGAAGGAGACGAGGUUUUCAUGGUUGAACUAACAAGAGGAUGGAAUAGUCGACUUGGCUUUAGUUUACAGCCAAAUGGCAAUCAAACUGUGAUUUCCGUUGUACACCCAGACAGUGUAGCGGCAAAAGAUGGCAGACUUAAGGAAGGCGACGUACUUAUUAUGAUUAACGACGAAAGUGUUGAAGAAAUGUCGACAGCGGACAUAAUCGACUUGUUAAGAAAAGUUCGAGGAGCAAUUGGCAUCACUGUUUUAAGACGAAAGAAACAGAGGCUAAAAACAUGAUAGAUGCCAUUUUAGAGCAUAAAAAGUAGUUUUUAUUUGUAAAUUGAAUAUUAGUAUCAAAAAAUUAUCUCAAAUAUUCUAUUAUAUAUAUAUAUAUAUAAAAAUCUAUAUUUCGACACUUUCACCCAACAAAUCUAUAAUAUAUUUACGUCAAUAAAUAUAAAGUCUGUUAGUUAUAUAUAGAAUAUAUAUAUAUAUAUAUUUAUUAAAUGUAAAGUAGAGUAACGUAAUUCAGUCACGAAAAGCAAAAGAAAAAAAAUGUCUAAAAAAAAUAGUUCUAAUUGUCUACAAAAAAUACUUUGAAUGAAAAGCAAUAAUAAUUCUUGCCUUUUGCAUUUAAAAUUCUGCCAUGUCGCAAUAUAGACUUAGAAGCGAUUGCGCUUUACCCUUGUCGAGUGCCUAGUCUUGAGAAUUUAAGAAAAUUACAACUAAUAUCGUUAUAAAUGAAAAAAAAAAAAUUAUACAGCGACAUCACUUGAGGUUGAAUUAUUUAGAUAGAAAAGAUCCGAUAUUUUAUAUCUUUGUGAAUCAAAAAGCAAAGCGUAUAAGUGCUGUGCAGUCGUCGGAUUUUAGGAAAAAAAAAAAAUUGUGUGCAAAUUGUAUAUGUAUAUAAUUUAUAUUAUAUAAUAAUAUAUAUAGAGAAAGAGAGAGAAAGAGAGAGAUUCUAAAUAAUGCGUUCUUCACGCACUAAACUGAAAUUGCAGGGUGAGACGUCAAAGACUGUUCAAAAAAUAUUUUUUUAAAUUUCCAAUUAUACGGAAAUAUAGUUUUUAAUUAACUUUUAUUUAUAUUUUUAACGAAAACCUAUUUUCUUAAUUAAAUUGUAUUUAUGAAAUUUAAAAUUAAAUUACAAUUUUUUAAUUUUAAUUAAAUUAUAUUUCUGACGUUGUACUAUUUUAUUCUAUUUAUCUAUAAUUUUAUCAUUAUUUAUAUAUUAUUGAUGAUAUCUAAAUAUAGAAGAUUUUUUUUGUCAAAAAGAAAAAUGAAGUAUUAAUAAUAAUAAUAAUAAUAAACUAUUGUAAAAGUAUUCUAAAAAUUAAGAAAAUAACGAAAUAUUUUAGAGUAUAAUUAUGUAUAUUGUAGAUUUUGGUUCUUUCUUAGGAAUUUAGAAUUUUUCUAGAGAAACAAAAUUAUGUCUAUCAACGUGGCACCCUGUAAAAUAAGUUACGAUAUUUUUAAUGAUAAAAGAAAUCAAAACUAUUUAAGAAUUGACUAGUAUCAUUACACAUAUUGCGAUUUGUAUAUCGUUAUAAGAAAAGAACAAAUCAU